AUGGCGGAUCAGGCCUCUUUCGGCCGGCCGGUUGUUCCUGGCGAGACUGUGGUGUCCAACGAAGCUGUUAUGCCUGGCACCGUCAGCGCGGCUCCUUCUCAGUUCACCAUCGCUAAUUCCUACAUGACGACCGACAUUCUUUCCAUGUCUUAUCAAGGCGGGGAAGAACAGACUCUAUUUGCAUUUAGCCCCGUGUCUCCUUCGCUGCAGGGCUGGUCGGCGAAGAAUGACCCGCAGGUUUUCACCAAUCCGGGUCUAGAGCGAGGCUUGAAGAACUCGCAUGUGCGCAACGGUCAGCCCACGCCCCCGCCAUUCGACGACAAGAGUGUCAAUGGGGUCGACGAAGUCUAUUCCUUGUCUCAAUACCACCAGCCGUAUGACGGGGCUGCCUAUGCCAACCCCACCCCCCGUGCGAGCUUCAGUCAGCCGGCCGUUUCGGACGCGCCUCAACCAGCGCCCAAGCGUCGCAAGGCUAAUGGCACACUCGGUUCGUCUUCACCCGACUCCGGUGACAAGCUGAGCGAAAAAGCGAAGCGGGAGAAUUUGCUGGAGCGCAAUCGACUGGCAGCGAGCAAGUGUCGCCUGAAGAAGAAGAAGCAGACGGAGACUCUCCGAGAUCAAUUCAAAUUACUCUCCGAGAGGAAGGAUUAUCUGACUCGUUAUAUUGACGCCCUGCGUAGCGAGAUCCUCCUGUACAAGAACUACUUACUAGAGCACGCCCAGUGCAAUGAUGAGGCCAUUUCGAUGCACCUCAGCACAAUGGUGAAAAACAUCACCCAGCAGGACUCACUGGGGGCGUCCGACCUGAAAACGGACCUAAAUGCUCUGACCCCUUCGAGCUCCAGUCGGACAACCCGCUCGCAGGACCUUUCCUUUGGCUUUGAUAGCCCCAUCCAGAUGCCCUCAAAGAUGGGCUCCCUGGAACCCACUCCUCGCCGGGACUCAGAGCAGACCCUGGCGAGUGACGCGUCCUUCUCCUUCUCGACUCCCAACAAUGACGCCUUUGAGGAUUUGCUCGAUGUCUAG